AUGAGCGCCCGCUCCGAGGCUGGGCUGCCCGGCAAGCCCAAUCUUCGCGUAACGAUCAUCGCCGCCGAUGGACUCUACAAGCGAGAUGUUUUCCGAUUCCCCGAUCCGUUCGCCGUCGCCACCAUCAAUGGCGAGCAGACCAAGACGACAACGGUCAGCAAGCGGACGCUGAACCCGUACUGGAACGAAAGCUUUGACUUUCGUGCCUCAGAAGGCAGCAUCUUGGCGGUGCAAGUCUUUGACCAGAAGAAGUUUAAAAAGAAGGACCAGGGCUUCCUCGGCGUCAUCAACAUUCGAGUUGGAGAUGUCAUGCAGGACCUUGGCGCCGAUGCAGAGGACCAGAUGCUCACCCGAGACCUCAAAAAGUCGACCGACAACCUCGUCGUCCACGGAAAGCUCAUCAUCAACCUGUCCUGCAACCUGACCACGCCUGCCCGCGGCGGACAGGCUUCAAGUAGCCGCCCGACCCUGACGGCUCCGGGCGCCUCGAGCAUGUCCAACCUCUCCGCGCCGGUCGGAGACAACAGACCUGGGUCCGCCAUGUCCGGGCAGAACACGCUCGCCAAUGGUGCCCAGGUCAACCUUCCCCAUCAUCCCGCCAGCGCCAGCGCCACUCCCAACCCCUCGGCUGCCAACGGCAGCUCGUCGCGUCCCACGAGCCAGCUCAGCCCCUUCGAGGAUACUCAGGGCCGCCUGCCGGCAGGGUGGGAGCGCCGCGAGGACAACCUCGGCCGCACAUAUUACGUGGACCACAACACUCGUACUACGAGCUGGAACCGUCCCACCGCCGGCGGCGCCGCAGAGCAGCGUGGAGAGCGAGAGGCUGCGACCGCCGUGGAACGGCAGCGGCACCAGAACCGCACGCUGCCCGAAGACAGGACUGGCACCAGCUCGCCAACUCUACAGCAGCAGCAGGGCAACGGGCAGCCUGGCGGAGGCAGUCCGACGACGAGCAAUGCCACGACCGCCAACGCCAGCAACGCUACCAUGAUGCACACCGGGGCCACCAGUCCCGGCACUGGUGAGCUCCCUCCCGGCUGGGAACAGCGCUGGACGCCCGAGGGACGGCCAUACUUUGUGGAUCACAACACCCGCACCACGACCUGGGUCGACCCGCGCCGUCAGCAGUACAUCCGGAUGUACGGGGGCCAGAACAACGCAAACGGGCAAAUCCAGCAGCAACCCGUUUCGCAACUUGGCCCUCUUCCCAGUGGCUGGGAGAUGCGGCUCACAAACACCGCCCGCGUCUAUUUUGUAGACCACAACACGAAGACGACGACCUGGGACGAUCCGCGCUUGCCAUCUUCGCUCGACCAGAACGUGCCGCAGUACAAGCGAGACUUCAGGCGAAAGCUGAUUUACUUCCGGUCGCAGCCGGCCAUGCGCAUCCUCAGCGGACAGUGCCACAUCAAGGUCCGGAGAUCGCACAUCUUCGAGGACUCGUUUGCCGAAAUCACGCGCCAGUCGCCCACUGACCUGAAGAAGCGAUUGAUGAUCAAGUUCGACGGCGAGGACGGCCUGGACUACGGCGGUUUGUCCCGCGAGUUCUUCUUCCUCCUCUCGCACGAGAUGUUCAACCCGUUCUACUGCCUGUUCGAGUACUCGGCCCACGACAACUACACACUCCAGAUCAACCCCCACUCGGGCAUCAACCCCGAGCAUCUGAACUACUUCAAGUUUAUUGGACGCGUCGUGGGUCUGGCCAUCUUCCACAGGCGGUUCCUCGAUGCCUUCUUCAUCGGUGCAUUGUACAAGAUGGUGCUGGGCAAGGCGGUGGCCCUUGCCGACAUGGAGGGCGUGGACGCCGACUUCCACCGCUCACUGCAGUGGAUGUUGGACAAUGACAUUUCCGGCGGCAUUCUAGAGCAGACAUUUUCCACCGAAGACGAGCGUUUUGGUGUCUUGACGACGGAGGAUCUCAUUCCCAACGGCCGAAACAUUGAGGUGACCAACGAAAACAAGAAGGAGUACGUGGACCUGAUGGUCAAGUGGCGAAUCGAGAAGCGCAUCGCCGAGCAGUUCCAGGCAUUCAAGGAGGGUUUCCAGGAGCUGAUCCCCCAGGACCUCAUCAACGUCUUUGACGAGCGUGAGCUGGAGCUGCUCAUCGGUGGCAUCGCCGAGAUCGACGUGGACGACUGGAAGAAGCACACGGACUACCGUGGGUACACCGAGUCGGACGAGGUGAUUCAGAAUUUCUGGACCACGGUCCGGUCGUGGGACGGGGAGCAAAAGUCUCGACUGCUCCAGUUCACGACUGGCACCUCCCGCAUCCCGGUCAACGGCUUCAAGGAUCUUCAGGGUAGCGACGGCCCGAGGCGCUUCACCAUUGAGAAGGCGGGCGAGAUCGUCAAUUUGCCCAAAGCACACACUUGCUUCAACCGGAUCGAUCUGCCUCCGUAUAAGAAUAUGGAAACGCUGCAGCAGAAGCUGACAAUAGCGGUGGAGGAGACGAUGGGCUUUGGCCAGGAGUAG